AUGCGUCUCCCACAUUGGCUGGGAACUCCCCUCCUUCUGGCGCGUGCAGUGCCCUUUUCCGUCCUAGUCGCUUUCCCGGCAGCACGGGUGAUGAUCUGCUCUGUAUCUGGAUUGAGCAUACUCUUACUUGGACUAUGGGGCAACAAGACCACACCUUUCCACGACAUGGAAAAUUGGAGCCUCGCCACUCAAUUAUCCUCUGUCGGCUCACGGCAGUCAGCCGGAGUCAGCAAGAGCAACACUCAGAACAGAAACAAGAAGAAUGGUGACUACGGUAGCCACGGGUUCUUGGACAUCAUGAACUGCCGCAUACGCUCAUCACCCGGCAUUCGCCGAGGAAACAGCUCGCAUCUCACCGACAUACUAUCAAAUGUCCAUGUUCACCGAGACCAACGGCAGCAGGGUAGGGCAUCUUACAGAGUUCUUCUCAAGGUUCAUGCCGACCAGGCUCCGGGACAUAUCAGACCCUUAUGCUCUGGCAUCGAUACUCUGCCAGAUACGACGAAGGAAGAUGCAUUAACCGACGAUAUCAUGAGGUCCAUCCCUUGCAACGCAAUCGAACGACUAAGGAAGUAG